AUGUCGCGUUUUGCCGAAGAGGAUAUGGCGGCGCCGCCCGUCCCCUCACUAGCCCAGGCGUCACCCACCACCACGUCCAAAUGGGCCGAGUUGGACGACAUCUCCACGUCCGAGUCUGAGUCUGAGACGGAGGGCGAAGCGGAUGAGAAAUCGUCCCAAGCACGCUCUCCGGAAGGCUCGCCGGAGCCGGCGCCGGAGGUCAAGUGCAUGUGGGAAGACUGUGGUGAGACCUUUACGGAUCUGCAGCCUUUCAUUGCUCACUUGCAUUCAUUCCAUAUUGGUAUUCACAAAUCACGCUAUGCUUGUGAAUGGACCGGGUGUCCACGCAAAGGCAAGAGCCAAACAUCCCGCUUUGCUCUUCUGAGUCACUUGCGCAGCCACACUGGUGAGAAGCCUUUUACGUGUCCACGCCCUGAAUGUGAUAAGUCGUUUACGCGUUCCGACGCAUUGGCAAAACAUAUGCGUGUGCAGCACAAUACGCCCCCUACAGGUCAGCCGCGUGCGUCGAUGGGAGGUGCAGAUGCGGACGAAUCCCGCGAUGGUAUCAAUGACGAGAUACUGGACCUUGUCGAGGGGGAACGACGUGCCUCGGAAGCCGAGGCUUCGCAUCUUCUUCUCGCCCAGCGCGCCGCAGAGCAGACCCGGAUGCUCCUGCCUGUCCAGGAAAUGGCCGAUUUGGAGCAAUUGCAGGCGUAUGCGAACUCUGCUGUGCCUUCGGAUGCAGGGGCAGAGUCUGAUACAGAGCCCGAAUCGAGUACAUCGCCGACCAAAGCCUAUUUAAUUGCCAAAGCCAAGUUGCGGUACCUGCUGCAAGUUCGCGAUCAAUGGCAGCAGUCGAUCCAAGAACUACAAAAGGAAGAAGAGGCGCUGUCGCAGAGCUGUCGCGAGACCUUGGACCAGCUCUUAACGCGCUCGUAUGGUGUCGACACUGUCUCGCACGUCUUUCCGUCCACGCCAGCCACGCCGUCCUCCUCCUAG